AUGGCAAAUGCACAAGUUCCUGUCGUGGCAGUGCGUCCUUUGGGAGACAGUCCGGUUCAGGUUGUCUGUCCUUCAUGUCACCAGGCCGUCCUCACCAAGGUGGACCACCCCUCUGGUUUGCUCACCUACCUGCUCUGUGGUGGUCUCUUCUUCUGUGGCUUUGUUUUAGGUUGCUGUCUCAUCCCGUUCUGUGUGGACCGGCUGAGGGACGCCAGACACUCCUGUCCCACCUGCAAGACGGUUCUGGGGGUUUAUAAACGCUUAUAG